CAUCCCUGGAAGUGUCCAAAGCCCUGUGGAGGUGCCACUGGGGACAAGUGGUGGCCUGGGAGGUGCAGGGUUGGAGGUGCUGGAGCUGCAGGAACCCUCUCAGUCCCGUGUCCCCCGUCCCACCUCUGCUUCCAGGGGAGCGGCCGAAUGAAGCCGGGAGCUGCUGGAGGGUGAGAGACCCCCGAGCUCUACAUGGAUGGGAAUGGGGAGAGCUGCCCGCAGUAGGAGCCCAGGGCAGCUGGAAACCCCCGGCCUCUUCCUCCGAGCUUUGCUGCUCCUCUUCCUCUGCAGGCAUGUCUCCUCCCAGUGCAAGAUCCUCCGCUGCAACUCGGAGUACGUGGCGGCCACGCUGCCGCUGCGCGGGCCCGAGCGCGGCGCCGCGUUCUGCAGCGCACUGCGCUCCUACUCGCUGUGCGCGCGGCGCACCGCCCGCACCUGCCGCGGCGACCUGGCCUUCCACUCGGCCGUGCACGGCAUCGAGGACCUCAUGAUCCACCACAACUGCUCCAAGGAAGGCCCCACGGCCCCGCCGCGGCCCGCGGCGCCCAACCCGCACGGCUUCGAGGCGCUCGACGUCUGCGACUACGAGAGGAGCUUCCUCUACAAGCACGGCCGGCCGCCCGGCUUCCAGCACUGCGCCGCUUUUGGGGACCCCCACAUCCGAACGUUCCACCACGACUUCCACACGUGCCGCGUGGAGGGCUCCUGGCCGCUGCUGGACAACGAUUACCUGUUUGUGCAGGCCACCAGUUCGCCGGUGGCCAAGGGGUCCAACGCUACGGUCACCAGCAAGCUGACCAUCAUCUUCAAGAACAUGAAAGAAUGCAUCGACCAGAAGGUCUACCAGGCCGAGCUGGACAACGUCCCCGCGGCAUUCCAGGACGGCUCCGUCAACGGCGGCGCGCGCCCCGGCGGGAGCAGCUUGGCCAUCCGGGAGCGCAGCCCCGGCCGGCACGUGGAGAUCCGCGCCGCCUACAUCGGCACCACCAUCGCCGUGCGCCAGGCCGGCCGCCAGCUCUCCUUCUCCAUCCGCGCCGCCGAGGAGGUGGCCAGGGCCUUCACGGAGGAGCAGGACCUGCAGCUGUGCGUGGGAGGUUGCCCCCGCAGCCAGCGCAUGUCCCGCAGCCCCCGCGGGCGCGGCCGCGUGCCCGCGGAGACGGCGCGAGCGCUCUGCCGGGAGAUGCUGCCCGUGGAGGACGUCUACUUCCAGUCGUGCGUCUUCGACGUGGUCACCUCGGGGGAUGUCAACUUCACCAUGGCAGCGCACGGGGCGCUGGAGGAUGCCCGGCUCUUCCUGCCCGACGCUGAGAAGCUUCACAUCUUCCAAGCUGGAGGAGGCUGCCAACUCAGCUCUCCGUCGUUGCUCCUCCUCCUCUUCCUCCUCCCAUGUGGACUUUGGGCUGUUUUGUUGCACUUUUAAUCUGCCUGUUCCAG